CAGUCGUGAAGUUAACUUGCCGCAGGUAGCUGCGAAAGUACCGGAUCCCGUGUGUCUUUCUUAUUUAAGUUACUUAUUGCAUUUCUUUUUCAAGCGAUUGAAACGAAAUCGGAGAAAGCAAGGUAAAAGAAAAGAAAGAUGGCCAGUGUACGACUGAUCGGUGCGGCAGUGCAACGAAAUGUGACCUUUGGACGGGCGUUGCGGCUGAAGGCACUUCAAUCGCAGAUGCAAACCCGAUACCUAGCCACAGCUGCCCCGGCUGGCAAGCACGUGAAAACACGCAUCGUCGACAAUGUCAUGGUAAUCACACUGGAUUCGCCCGGCGUAAAAGUAAACUCCCUGAACGCCGAGGUACAGUCCGAGUUCGAUGCCGUGCUGCGGGAGGUCGAAACGAAUCCGUCCGUCAACUCGGCCGUAUUGAUCUCCGGUAAACCAGGCUGCUUCGUUGCCGGUGCCGACAUUACCAUGCUCGAGCAAUGCAAAACGGUAGAGGCAGCCACGAAGGUGUCUCACGAAGGGCAGAUACAGUUCAGCAAGCUGGAAAAAUCACGCAAACCGGUGGUGGCCGCCAUCAACGGUGUUUGCCUCGGCGGAGGACUCGAGCUGGCCCUCGCCUGCCACUAUCGAGUAGCUCUGAAGGAUAAGAAAACGGUCCUCGGAUUGCCGGAGGUAAUGCUUGGGCUCCUCCCAGGUGCCGGUGGUACCCAGCGACUCCCGAAACUCACCUCAAUCCCGACGGCGCUCGAUCUUGCUCUCACUGGCAAGUCGGUGAAGGCAGAUAAGGCAAAGAAACUGGGUAUCGUCGAUCUGCUGGUGAAUCCGCUCGGGCCCGGUUUGAAGCCUGCCGAGCAGAACACGCUCGAGUAUCUGGAGAAUGUUGCGAUUCAAGUGGCGAAGGAUUUGGCCUCGGAAAAGCUGAAGGUGAACCGACAGAAGACUGGCAUCGUGGCUAAGGUGACCGAUUUUGCGUUCGGCAUCGAGUGGGUGAAGAACAAGGUGUUCGAGAAGGCCCGGGAGCAGGUAAUGAAGCUAUCCGGUGGCCUCUACCCUGCACCGCUGAAGAUCCUGGAAGUGAUCCGAGUCGGUGUAGACAAAGGGCAGGAGGCCGGAUACGAGGCCGAACGCAAGGGUUUCGGCGAGCUGUCCCAAACACCUCAAUCGAAGGGUCUGAUUGGUCUGUUCCGUGGGCAGACCGAGUGCAAAAAGAACCGUUUCGGAAAGCCAGCUAAUCCACCGAAGACAAUCGGUGUCCUAGGAGCGGGCCUCAUGGGUGCCGGCAUCGUUCAGGUCAGCAUCGAUAAGGGAUACCAGGUGGUGAUGAAAGAUACGACCGAGGCCGGUCUCGGCCGGGGUAUCGGGCAGGUGCAGGGUGGUCUGCAGAACGCGAUCAAGCGCAAGCGUAUCAGCGGCAUCGAGCGUGAUCAGAUUCUGUCCAACCUCACUUCCACGCUCAGCUACGAGCCAUUCCGCCAGGCGGACAUCGUGAUCGAAGCCGUGUUCGAGAACAUUGACAUCAAGCACCGUGUCAUCAAGGAGCUGGAGCAGGUUGUACCGAAGCACUGCAUUAUCGCCACCAACACGUCCGCCAUUCCGAUCACGAAGAUUGCUGCCGGCAGCUCGCGGCCAGAGAAUGUGGUCGGUAUGCAUUACUUUUCGCCCGUCGACAAGAUGCAGCUGCUGGAGAUUAUCACGCAUCCGGGCACUUCCAAGGAGACGGCCGCGGCCGCCGUUGAGGUUGGCUUGCGUCAGGGCAAGGUUGUGAUCACCGUUGGCGAUGGGCCCGGCUUCUACACGACCCGCAUCCUGUCGACGAUGCUGUCGGAAGCAAUCAGACUGUUGCAGGAAGGCGUUGACCCGAAGGACCUGGACAAGAUGACCAAAUCGUUCGGAUUCCCGGUCGGUGCGGCAACGCUCGCCGAUGAGGUCGGUAUCGAUGUCGGUGCUCACAUUGCCGUCGAUCUGGCCAAGGCGUUCGGCGACCGGUUCUCCGGUGGCAACCUGGGCGUCAUGGAGGAUCUCGUGAAGGCCGGCUUUAUGGGCCGCAAGUCGGGCAAGGGUGUGUUCGUGUACUCUGGCGGUCGCAGCAAGAACCGUGAAGUGAACCAGGAUGCGCUGGCCAUCCUGAAGCAAAAGUACGCCCUACAGUCGCGCGGCGCCAACAGCGUGGAGGACAUGCAGCUGCGCAUGGUCUCGCGAUUCGUCAAUGAGGCCGUGCUCUGCCUGGAGGAGAAAAUCCUCGACAGCCCGCUAGAGGGCGACGUUGGUGCAGUAUUCGGCCUCGGCUUCCCACCAUUCACCGGCGGACCGUUCCGCUGGGUGGACCAGUACGGAGCCGGCAAGCUCGUCGACAAGAUGCGCUCGUACGCCGACCUGUACGGUGCGCCGUUCGUGCCGGCACAAACGUUGGUCGACAUGGGCAAGGAUUCGACCAAGAAGUUCUACCCGAGCAAGUAAAGACAAUCAGUUUCGGCGAGCUGUUUCGUGUAUCAUCCGCAGCAUCAAAAGUCACCACAAACAACAACUCCUUCACCGAAUGGACCUUUAGCCUUAAGUACGUAAGAAAAGAAAGCGUUGGUUUUACCGUAACUCUUGUGUGUUCCAAUUUUCUGGAUCACUAAUCGUGUUAAUAUUUAGCGUCCGGUGCUCGACUCCGAUUCCAUGUCGUCGGUCUCCUGUUUAGUGUUAAACAAAUGAUAUUUUGUAGCACAGUUUUUGUUAGUUUUCAUUUCUGUUAUCUUUCUGUUCGCAUUUUUAAAUAAAUUUUAUUAUUUACCUCACAUGAA